AUGAUUUAUUGUAACGAAGACGAGACACAGCAACACCUGCUCAUGGACUGUUACAGAGCUCAGGAGGUCUGGUCCAUGCUCCAAGGCCUCGGCCUGGCUCAUGAAGUCGGUUAUAAAUCUGUGAUGUAUGCAAGAACCAUGCAGACCGCUCGUAAGUCUACCGGAGGCAAAGCCCCCAGGAAGCAGCUGGCCACCAAGGCUGCCCGUAAGAGCGCCCCGGCCACCGGCGGCGUGAAGAAGCCUCACCGUUACAGGCCCGGUACCGUGGCUCUGAGAGAGAUCCGUCGCUACCAGAAAUCCACGGAGCUGCUGAUCCGCAAGCUGCCCUUCCAGCGCCUGGUGAGAGAAAUCGCUCAGGAUUUCAAGACCGACCUGCGCUUCCAGAGCUCCGCUGUCAUGGCUCUGCAGGAGUCCAGUGAGGCUUACCUGGUCGGCCUGUUCGAGGACACCAACCUGUGCGCCAUCCACGCCAAGAGGGUCACCAUCAUGCCCAAAGACAUCCAGCUGGCCCGUCGCAUCCGCGGAGAGCGAGCUUAAACUGUCUGCUGCUCCACAAACCACAACGGCUCUUUUAAGAGCCACCUCACUCUUCACUGAAGGGCUCAUUCCUCUACUAAAAACACAC